GUUCAAUUAUUUUUAUUGUAACAUUUUAUGCAAAACUUUUGUAAAUCUUUUUUUAAUUGAAUAAAUUAUAUGUGUAAAGUUGCAAUUUUACAACAUUAAAUACAUUAUAAUUUAUAGGUUAUAUCGUAUAAACGACGGUACAUCUGAGAACAUCGACUAUAACAAAAUUCUAACGAAAAAUGUAAAUACAUUAAUAAAACAUUUUAACAUUAUAUACUUCAUACAAUACUACUGUUACUAAUAUUGAAAUUACAUAAUUAAUAUUUGAAGAAAACCGCGUACAAAACUUCCAACCAAAAAUGCAAGCUGCAUUUAAACGUUCUGUACGUCGAUUUGUGUUUGAUAUUAAAAAUGUUCGUAGUAUAAAUAACAGUGUAAUAAACUAUGCGUUACCAGCAGAUAGUGUAAUGUAUGUUUUUGAUAGAAACACAAAAUUACUUCAAAGAGAACGUGCUACUCAAGCACCCGACGUAAAAGUGUACGAUUAUAUUAAAGAUGAAGUAGGCUCUAGAUUAGCAGAUAGAAUAUUUGAUAUAAAGAAAAAGUUUAAAAAAGCUCUUGAUUUAGGGUGCGGUCGUGGUCAUGUAUCAAAGCAUAUUUUAGCAGAAUCUGUAGAGGAAUUGAUUCUAAGCGAUAUGUCCCCAACCAUUCUACAACAAGUAAAGACUACAGAGGGAAUUAAAGUAUUGCGAACAGUUAUGGAUGAAGAAAAUUUUGAAUUUGAACCUGAUAGUUUAGACUUGAUAGUAAGUUCAUUAAGUCUUCAUUGGGUGAAUGAUCUACCAAGGUGUUUCAAGAACAUUAAUAAAAGUUUAAAGAAUGAUGGGGUCUUUAUGGCAGCUAUAUUUGGAGGAGAGACUCUGUAUGAAUUAAGAUGCUCUUUACAAUUAGCAGAAUUAGAAAGAGAUGGUGGUAUUUCAGCACACAUUUCUCCCUUUGCAGAAAUUAGAGAUAUUGGAGCUUUGUUGACAAGAGCAAAUUUUACAAUGUUAACUAUUGAUACAGAUGAAAUAGUUAUUGGUUAUCCAAGCAUGUUUGAGUUAAUGUGGGAUUUAAAAGGAAUGGCUGAAAACAAUGCAGCAAGAAAUAGAAAAUUACGUUUAAAUAAAGACACUAUACUUGCAGCUGCGGCAAUAUACAAAGAAUUGUAUGGAAAACUUAAAGAUGAUGGUAGCCCAUAUGUACCUGCUACAUUUCAAGUGAUAUAUCUACUAGGUUGGAAACCAGAUCCAUUGCAACAACCCUUAGAAAGAGGUACUGGACAAGUAUCUCUUAAAGAUUUGUAUAGGUUAGAUGAGAUUAUAAAAGAAACAAAAAAGUUAAGACAGACGAAGAUCAGUGAUUUCUGUAAAUAACAUUUAAAGUAUUGUAAAUAUUUAUAUUAAUAUAAAAUUUAAUAUUCAUUAUAUAAAUCAAUUAAUUUCCAUAUGUGAACUAAAAACGAUAUUUUCAAUAUAAAUAUUAUACAAUAUUA